AUGCGCCCUUCUCCACGCAACCUAUCUACCCUCCCCCCGACAAUCCGCUCUCUCCUCGCUGCCAGACGGGCUGCCCCUUCUACGAGCUCGUCCUCCGAAUCGCCGUCCCAAGAGUCGCAACAGAUCGAGGUCAACGGAUGGAUCAAAUCAGUCAGAGGACACAGGAAUGUCUCUUUUGUCGAGCUCAAUGACGGGAGUACAAGUGAAAGUCUGCAGGCUGUCUUGAAGGGCAAGGGGAAAGCCGAGGGCCUGGGGGUCGGAACAAGCUUGUCGCUGAAGGGCAGAUUAGAAAAGUCCAAGGGGAAAGGGCAAGACUUAGAGCUUGUCAUAGAUCAUGCUCAGGUGGCUGGUCAUUGCGACGCUCAACUGUAUCCCAUACAAAAGAAGUCAUUACCACCAGCAGUGCUGCGCGAAAAUGCUCAUCUGAGAUUCCGGACAACUCAAACAGCUGCUGUGAUGCGCAUACGAGAUGCGCUGGUUCGGGACUGGCACGACUGGUUUGAGGAAAACGAAUUUGUUCACAUUCAGACACCUCUUCUGACUGCUUCUGACUGUGAAGGUGCUGGCGAAGUCUUCACGCUCAAAGACCAUCCCGCUCCCACGGCCCCCACGUCCCCGCAACCCUUCUUCUACCAUCCCGUUCACCUCACCGUCUCUGGCCAACUUCAUCUCGAAGCCCCCACGCAUGCCCUUUCUCGAACGUACACCCUCUCCCCAGCUUUCCGCGCCGAGCCCUCCCUCACUUCCCGGCACUUGUCCGAGUUCUACAUGAUGGAGGGGGAAGUAGCUUGGGUGGAGAGUUUGGACGGCUUGUUGGAUGUAGUGGAGGAUGGGGUGAGAAGUGUAGUAAGGGAGACCUUGGGAGAAAGCAAGAGAGGGGAAAGGCUGCGGCGAGAUUUGGAGGCGGUUUCGCACUCUAUGCAAGAGUCGGAAGGGGACGAGACGACACUGGAAGAGAGACUUGAAGAUCCAUUGGCUCGUCUGCGGCAUAUCGUCGCCCAACCCUUUACCCGCAUCACUUAUAGCUCCGCACUCGAGCUCAUAGCCACUCUCCAUACCAAGUCACCCGACGUCGUCUCUCCUGCACCUCCAUGGGGCGAGGGAAUCUCGACCGAACACGAAAAGCUCCUUGCUGAGCACUACAACGGACCCUUGUUCGUCACACGUUAUCCCAAAUCUCUCAAACCAUUCUACAUGCUCCCCACUUCUUCUUCUCAAUCGGAUCAGGAGACGGUGGAAUGCUUUGAUCUCCUCUUUCCCUCAUGGGGCGAAAUGGCCGGUGGCUCUUUGCGUGAACACCGUCUCGACCACCUUACUCGGGCCAUCUCUGACGCAGGCAUGAAGCCGGAAGAGUACGAGUGGUAUCUCGACUUGCGACGAUACGGGACGGUUCCUCAUGGUGGCUGGGGUAUGGGGUGGGAUAGAUGGGUGGGCUGGGUGACAGGUUUAGGCAAUGUCAGGGAUGUAGUCCCUUACCCCAGAUGGAAGGGACAUUGCAAGUAUUAG